AUGACCAGCAGUAAGUAUAAGUAUACGUGGGGUAUAGUGUAUUGUAGAGAGACGAACCAGAUCCUUUUAUUAAACAGAGAAAAACACCCUUGGAUGGGCAGAUGGAAUGGAGUUGGAGGGAAAUUAGAUCAAGACGAAGAUCAAUUGACGUGUAUUAUAAGAGAAACCUGGGAAGAAACCGGAUUACAUUUACCACAAUACGAGCCUCGUGGAGUGAUGACAUGGAGUGAAAAUGGAAAUGACCUUGGAGGAAUGUAUCUUUUUACUGCAAUUGUUACAAAGCAGGAAGUUGAAAGUUAUCCUACGCCCAAAAAAUUCUGUCACGAAGGUAUAUUGGAUUGGAAGAAUUUGGAUUGGGUUAUGCAUCCCGAUAAUUCGGGUGUUGUAGAUAAUGUCAAGGUAAUGCUAUUAAAUUUGUUCAAAGCCUCAGAACGGUCUUUAUUUGUUACUGAGUAUCGGGACGGAAAACUAGCUGGGGUGGACUAUAUGCCCAACGGGCAUUGA